CGCAGCGCUGGGCCUCAGGGAGACGUAGAGGACGGCAAACAAUGGAUAAUGACGGAGACCAUUCAACAAGAGCGAGUCGAGCAGAGUGCCUUCUCACGAAGGUCAAGGUUUCUCUGGCGGUGGCGAUAAUAAAGACCAAGCCUCCAGGUGUGAGCGGCAGAGAGUUCGCCGAGGCGUUGGCCUGCAGGCUGAGACGUCAGGAUGAAAACUGGAAGGAGAAAUCUGAGGAACUGCAGCAGGAAGUGCUGAGGCUGCGACAGGAAGUACUGAUCAACAGACUGACAGGAAACACCUCAGCAAUUCCUGUCUACGCACUGGAUCACACGUACUGCUCAGACCCUGAUGAAGGAUCUGAGACCCCUGAACUCCUGCUGCCGGACCCCCAACAUGCCACCCUCCUCUCCUCCCACCUUGCCACCCGUUUCCCCCACCCUUCCUCCCUCCUCCUCCACCUUCCACCCCCUCCCUACAUGCCUCCUUCAGGCCCUCAUGGAGAAACCGACCUCCCUCAGGUUCAUUUCCUGCAGGCUCUUCUUUCCCUGCAGCGUCUGAACGAUCCUCUGUGUUUCGGCGCCGAUGGCGGGGUGUUACUGGUGGACUCUGUGUGCCGCCUACUGGUUUCGGUGGUGAGAUUGUGCAGGGACGCCCCCCCGCUGGGACCCGGGGAGUCCGUCCUGCAGGCGUGCCACGUCUCUGCCAGAUCCAUGGAGAUGUUCUGCUCCCACAGGCUGCCGGACGAGGAGUUCAGGAGCCGAGUGGAGGCGGCGCUGAGAGAUCUGACGGAGAUGCUUCUGCACAAGAAGGGACUCCACAGGCUCCAGACCUCAGAGAAGCUGAUGGAGUGCCUGAUCACGCUGGGGAAAGCCGCAUGUCCAAAUCCUUUCUCCUCCGUCAUCCUUUCUCAAAUCAGCGCCCUGGCUGAUCGGCUCUGGCAGUCCUUCAAGGGGCAGGCGGAGUUUCCCGUGGACGAGCACCAGAACUCCUGCUAUCUGUUCUGGGUCGUGGAGAACCUUCUGCAGGACUCUGACGUACCGUUAAGUUUGGAGGAGGCGUCGGAGAAGACCGUUUUCCUCCGUCACCUGGAGCGAGCCUUCCAGCUGUCGGAGGAGUUUCCUCUGUUUGUGAUCUGCAUGUGGAGGAUCGGAAGCCUGCUCACCUCCUCCGACACAUAACACACUUUCAGACGCAAACGUAGGACGCAAAAAGGUUCAAAACAGCAGUUAACUUUGGCCAAAAACUGUUCAGAUGCUCGGGAGAACUCACAGCUAGUGGACUGAAAUGCACUGAAGCUGAACAUCAUAUUUAUUAUCCAACAGUGUACCAGGUAAGGAAAGCUGACAUUAAAGGUCGACAUUUACAUAACAGAUGUAUUUGUACAUUUGUAAGAGGAUUUUAAUGUAUUUUAAUUGUUUUGUUGUGGCUGUAUACAAUCAAUGUUUCCAGGAAGUGUCAACAAAUACUUCUAACUUUUGACCGGAAGCUCAGAUUUAUUUACGCCUCUGUUUUUACUACACACAUGUAUUUAUCGUCACAAAAAUCUGCAAACCAAA